ACCCCCACCCAUCUGCUUUUCCCUUUCCCACUUCCUUAUAAAAACUACCCCCUCCUUCCAUCUCUCUCUCUCUCUCUCUCUCUCGAAUCACACAUGAAUCCCAUUUUCAGGAGCGAAUCCUUUACGGGUAUGGGUUCGGGUCCGUACACUGCCAUUACAGAGGUGGAGAAGAGGCAGUUAUUUCUCAGAAGUUACCAGUUUAGCAGGAAACAAAGCACUGGUCAAAGGGUGAAGAGAUCUCUGUUUCGGGUCAAGAAACUGAUAUGGGUCAAGCUUCGAUCCGCCAGGAAGAUCCAGAAAAUGAUCUGGUUCAGGCUCCGCCAUGGGUUGUUUUAUGGGUUUCGGAGGAAACGGUUUGUUCGUUUGAAUCAUCAUAGCAACUCUCUUUGUUUCUGGUAGAAGAAUGCAACUGUUUCUUUGUUUUUUUUUUUAAUUUAAUUAUUAUUAUUUUAGUUUUAUAUUUAUGUUAGUUUAUUGUACUAGGAGUUGAUGAUUUGAUCUUGUAGUAGUAAGAACUUGAAUUGGUUUAUGGGUUUGUAAAUUAUGAUGGAUCUAGUUAAGAGUAUUUAACAUGUGAA